AUGGAAACGAAAGGAGGAGAGGCUCCCUCGGCCGAAAUGUUUCGCGUCAAUGUCAAAACGCUCGACGGCAAAGUUCACCCCGUCGAAGUUGCCGCUACUACCACGAUCAGUGAGUUCAAGGCAAAGAUCUCGACCCAAACGAACGUGGCCCCCACGGCUCAGCGCCUGAUUUUCCAGGGCAAAGUGCUCAAGGACGACCAAACCGUUGGCUCGGCGGGUCUGACUAUUCACAUGGUGGAGCGCCCGCCGGAGGCACAGACGCCGCCCGCUGGGGCCGCGCCUACUGGAGCACCCCUGCCUACCCCGAUGGCGGGCGGCCAUAUGCGCCCCGCCAGCAUCGUCAUGGGCACCUUCUCUCUGCCGAAUCAAACAGGAGGCGCUCCGCCCGCUCUUGACAAUCUUAUCAACAGUGUGCUGGGAUCGCUGGGAGUGCCCAUGCAAACCACUUCCAUUCGCGUGACGGCCGCACCCUCCAACGGCCAGGCGCCCAACGAAAAUGCUGUUUGGGGUCCUGUGGAAAACAUGGAGAACCAUUUGCAGCAGUCCCUCAACACACUGCAGGGAACACAGACCGCCGAAGCGGAGCAGUACCAGGCCCAAGGUCGCGCUGCCCGCAGGUUGUUGGCGUUGGCUGACCUCAUGGACCGUGCCAGCCCCGUGUGGCGAAGGCUGGCACAAGCCGCGGUGCGCCUGCCGAUCUGA